GCAGUGGGGCUCUAACUCCUCGCCCCUGUCCGCAGGCCCCACCAGUCACCAUGCUCAUCAAGGAGUAUCACAUCCUGCUGCCCAUGAGCCUCGAGGAAUACCAGGUGGCCCAGCUCUAUAUGAUCCAGAAGAAGAGCCGGGAGGAAUCCAGCGGGGAGGGCAGCGGGGUUGAGAUCCUGGCCAACCGGCCCUACAGUGACGGCCCAGGAGGCAGCGGCCAGUACACCCACAAGAUCUACCACGUGGGCUCCCACAUCCCCAGCUGGUUCCGUGCCCUGCUGCCCAAGGCUGCUCUGCAAGUGGAGGAGGAGUCGUGGAAAGCCUAUCCCUACACGCGCACCAGAUACACCUGCCCCUUUGUGGAGAAGUUCUCCAUCGAGAUCGAGACCUAUUACCGGCCCGACUCUGGCAAACAGAGCAAUGUCUUCAACCUCACGGCGGCCGAGAAGAGGCAGCGGAUUAUGGACACCAUUGACAUUGUGCGGGACCCCAUCUCGCCCAACGAGUACAAGGUGGAGGAGGACCCCAAGCUGUAUCGCUCGGCGAAGACAGGCCGGGGGCCGCUGGGCGAUGACUGGCUGGAGGGGGCCAUGGCUUCUGGGCCCCUCAUGUGUGCCUACAAGCUAUGCAAGGUGGAGUUCCGCUACUGGGGCAUGCAGUCCAAGAUCGAGCAGUUCAUCCACGACGUAGGGCUGCGCAAGGUGAUGCUGCGGGCACACCGCCAGGCCUGGUGCUGGCAGGACGAGUGGACGGAGCUGACCAUGGAGGACAUCCGGCAGCUGGAGGAGGAGACGGCCCGCAUGCUGGCUCAGAAGAUGGCCAAGUGCACGGAGGCCGAGGAGGUGGCGGCUGCCCCCAGUGCUGAGGGCCGGGCCGAGCUGGGCAGCACUGACGGGCAGGAUCGAGCUGAGGGGCAGGGGCCGCCCGACGCCUCCCCUGACGACGCCUUCGCCAAGCAGUGGUCCACAUCCUCCCGCUCCUCCUAUUCCUCCCAGCAUGGAGGGGGGGUAUCUCCCCAGAGUCUCUCAGAGUGGCGUAUGCAGAACAUUGCACGGGACUCGGAGAACAGUCAGGAGGAAUUCUUCGAUGGCGCAUGGUACGGAGGGUGGAGGGGAGUGGUCCCCAUCCUGUAG